GACCGCAAACAGCAGCUGCAGAACCAAGGAAGAGGAAGGGGCGGAGCUGCUGGGCCGGCUGUCGUGAGCCUGGGGCUGCUGUCACUGGCGCCGUCUGCUGCCCCAGGCGGGCCAGCCCCGUCUGAAGGCGACAGCGAGUCGGGAGGACGAAGCUGCCCGGUUUAGGAAUUCAGGCAAUGCCCCGCCUCGGAGGCUCUCCCUGCCACAGCCGCGGCCACCCCAGCUCCACUGGCCGGGAGCAGGCACCGAGCAAGUCCUCGGGGUCCCCCAGCCUGGGGCUCCUGUGGGUGGCCCUGGCCCUGGCCCUGGCAUUGGCCCUGUCUGACUCCAGGGCUGGGGCCCACCCUCUUCCCAUCCAAGGCCCUGACGUGCUCGGCCGCUUAGUACCCCAGCUCCGUGCCGCCUUUGGGUGGUGGAACCUCAGCUGCCCGGCUUGCAAAGGUCUGUUCACAGCCAUCGACUUCGGGCUGAAGAGGGAGUCUGGCGUGGCAUGGGUGGGCUCCGUGGCCACCAAGAUGUGCAUGAGGCUGAAGAUAGCACCACCUGCCGUGUGCCAGUCCACCAUCCAGCUGUUUGAGGACGAUAUGGUGGAGGUGUGGACACGCUCAGUGCUCAGCCCCUCAGAGGCUUGUGGCCUAAUCCUGGGCUCCACCUGUGGGAAAUGGGACAUCUUUUCAUCAUGGAACAUCUCCUUGCCGGAUGUGCCAAAGCCCACCCCUCAACCACCCAAGCCCCCAGCUCCUGGGGCCCCGGUCAGCCGGGUCCUCUUCCUCACCGACCUGCACUGGGAUCAUGACUACCUGGAGGGCACGGACCCCAACUGUGAGGACCCUCUGUGUUGCCGCCGGGACUCAGGCCCACCGCCUGCCUCCCGCCCAGGUGCCGGAUACUGGGGCGAGUACAGCAAGUGUGACCUGCCCCUGAGGACUCUGGAGAGCAUGUUGAGUGGGCUGGGCCCAGCUGGCCCUUUUGACAUGGUGUACUGGACAGGAGACAUCCCUGCCCACAAUAUCUGGCACCAGUCUCGGCAGGACCAGCUGCGGGCCCUGACCACUGUCACUGCCCUUGUGAAGAAGUUCUUGGGGCCGGUGCCUGUGUACCCUGCUGUGGGCAACCAUGAAAGCACGCCUGUCAACGGCUUCCCUCCCCCCUUCAUAGAGGGCAACCACUCUUCCCGAUGGCUCUAUGAGGCUAUGGCUCAGGCCUGGGAGCCCUGGCUGCCUGCUGAGGCUCUUCACACCCUCAGAAUUGGGGGGUUCUAUGCCCUCUCCCCACGCCCUGGCCUCCGCCUCAUCUCUCUCAAUAUGAAUUUUUGUUCCCGUGAGAACUUCUGGCUCUUAAUCAACUCCACAGAUCCUGCUGGGCAGCUCCAGUGGCUGGUGGGAGAGCUCCAGGCUGCUGAGGACAGAGGAGACAAAGUACAUAUAAUCGGACACAUUCCCCCAGGGCACUGCCUUAGGAGCUGGAGCUGGAAUUAUUACCAGAUUGUUGCCAGGUAUGAGAACACCUUGGCUGCUCAGUUCUUUGGCCACACCCACGUGGACGAGUUUGAGAUCUUCUAUGACGAGGAGACUCUGAGCCGGCCAGUGUCUGUAGCCUUCCUGGCGCCCAGUGCCACCACCUACAUUGGUCUCAAUCCUGGUUAUCGGGUCUACCAGAUAGAUGGCAAUUACUCUGGGAGCUCUCAUGUGGUGCUGGAUCACGAGACCUACAUCCUGAACCUGACGGAGGCCAACAAGCCAGGAGCCACAGCACACUGGCAGCACCUUUACACAGCUCGAGAAACCUAUGGGCUGCCCAAUGUUCUGCCUGCCGCCUGGCACGACCUGGUUUACCGCAUGCGGGGUGACACUCAGCUAUUCCAGACGUUCUGGUUUCUCUACCAUAAAGGACACCCACCCUCGGAGCCCUGUGGCACACCCUGCCGUCUCACCACCCUAUGUGCCCAGCUCUCUGCCCGCUCUGACAGUCCUGCUCUAUGUCGCCACCUGGUGCCAGAUGCAAGCCUCUUCGAUGCCCAGAGCCUGCAACCUCGGCCACCUUUCUGCUAGCAUAUCCAGGGCUCAGUGUUGGGGGGGAAAAAAAAGUCCCAGAGGGCCGCUGUGAUGGGGAUGGAAGUGGAACAGCCUUUUGCAGAGCCCAAGCACACCAGGAAAUAGGAUCUUCGUCCUCGGAGCUGCUUUAGCAAGGUAUGAGAGAGGGUUGACUGCUCUGCCUGUGCCUGCUGUCCUUGUGUGGCCUUGGAUCAGGGAUCUAAGUUGGCGCUCUACUGAGCAGACCAGACAGCUGUCACCCCAGACCUGUGCUGGCCAUCCAGGAACUCUGCACUGCUGCUGCCUGUCACCAGGCUGUUAAAAUAAAGAUAAGAGACUAUGACUUCA